ACAAACACGCAAAAGGCAGGAAGGGCAAAGUCCUACGCAGGUGUGUGUGGGAGGGUGGAGGCAASGAUCCCGACGGCUCCCGAGGCCGGCAGGGACGCUCACUCUUUCCGCCGAAAAAGAAAAAGAGGAAACGCGAAGGACAUUGAGCCCAACGAAACGAAACAACACCCAGAGCUGUGSCCGCCGCCAGCCCCGGGCCGGGCCGCUUCCGCCGCCAGCACUGCGCAGGCCCGGGCGGCCGCUGCCCUCAUGGAGGAGGAGGAGGAUGAGGAUGGCGGAGGCCCGAGGGCCCCGGGGAGCCGGGCCGGGUCUGCCUGCUUCGUGCGGUGCCUGUACGCCGUGGGAUUCCUGGACUUAUUUGGGGUGAGCAUGGUUGUUCCUUUAAUGAACCUUCAUAUCAAAUCUCUAGGAGCAAGUCAUACAGUUGCUGGAAUCAUAGGAUCUCUUUACGGUGUAAUGCAACUAUUUUCCAGCACAGUUGUGGGCUGCUGGAGUGAUAUAGUAGGAAGACGGUAUUCCCUGCUUGCUUGUAUUCUUCUCAGUGCACUGGGUUACUUCCUGCUUGGAACAUCCACCACAGUGCUCCUGUUUGCCAUUUCCAGAGUCCCUGUAGGUAUUUUCAAACACACACUUUCCAUCUCUAAAGCCCUACUGUCUGACUUGGUUUUGGAGAGAGAUCGUCCUUUAGUAAUGGGGCGCUUCAAUGCAGCYUCCAGUGUGGGCUUCAUUCUGGGGCCUGUUGUUGGUGGUUACCUUGCAGAGUUUGAAGGUGGCUUUUACCAAACRUCCUUCAUCUGUGCCUCCAUCUUCCUUCUGAAUGGUGGUCUUGUCUGGAUGUUACCYUGGAGUGAAGAAAACACUGGCAAUAGGGAGCAUUACCAAGACAAGGGAACAAGCAGUUUCUCAGCAAAAGCAAAUCAUGACCUUCACUUGAAAUCAACAACCAGUAGAGGUGUGACAAACAGUAGUUUUUUCCAGUCUCUGUGGAUCCAAGUUGCAACAGUGCUGAAGAAGAUUAAAGGAAUUGCGUGCUCUAAUUUGUGGGAUGUAUUUUUAGUGCGGUUCCUGAUGUCUGUCGCUAUAUUGCUGUACUAUAGUAAUUUCACUCUUGCCUUGGAGGAAAGAUUUGGGGUGAAACCCUUGUUUGCUGGAUACCUGAUGAGUUAUAGCAGUGCACUUGGAGUCCUGGCUGGUUGUCUGCUCGGACCAAUAACAAGACUCUAUGGGCACAACACUUACAGACUUUUGUUGCACUCCAGCACUUUUACCUGCACGCUGAUUCUCCUGUAYACAUCAGCUCUGAGCAUAUGGAUGGUCAUUUUGUCCUCCACGUUCUUAGCCUUCUCAACUACCAUAGGCCGUACGUGUAUCAUUGAUCUGGAAUUGACUGUUGGUGGGAACGAGGCCAGCGGUACACUCUUAGGUGUUGGACAGUCUGUGACAUCAGUGGGACGGAUUAUUGCCCCACUCCUGUCUGGAAUUGCUCAGGAGUUCAGUCCUUGUGGCCCUCCUAGCCUAGCCGUGGGACUAGCGUURGUCGCUAUUCUGAUCAUGAAUGCAAACAAACAAAAAUACUGCAGUCACACGAAUGAGAAGUUAAAAAAUCAAUAGUCACGAUUUUGGAUUGCAUAGAUGUGUCUUCACCUGCCAGGCUUGUACAGUAAUUAUGUGAUUUUUAAAGAGAGCACAUUAUGUUCACAUGGAAGCAAGUACAUAUUCAUAUUUCUGCUCCAGGGAUGUUCAUGCUAGACAAACGUUAUUGUAGCUGCUACCACUAGGACAUUUCUAAGAGGGGCAGAUGUUGCUAUAUUGUACUGGCUGUGGUAUUUUUAAUGGAUUUUUAACCUUUUUGGAGGGGAAAAAAGAAUGUCRUGAAACGCACAAAUCCUGCUUGUAGCUCAUUUUUGAAACAGUGUUUAGAUUGAGAGAUUGUUAAAAAAGGUGAAUCAAAGGUCAAUUUUUGUUAUUUAAUCAGAAGGAGAAUUUGCAAUAUGUUUGGCCUUAAUUUCUUA